AGGUACACGAGUAAAUUCGUACGUAACAAUAUUAUAGUUAGUCUGUGGUAAAACGGUGGACGGAGUGCUUCGCCAGCUGAAACGGGAAUCGUGAAACUUUAUUGCAAGUCGUAUUUUAAAGUUGUUUAAAAUUCAUUUGCACGAAAAUCCUAGCUGAUAUGCGCCAUAGUGAGUUUCUGAAAGCGGUUUCGUCGUCCUGCGCCGACCAUGCCAGGCGCAAAAUAUGAACAGCUGCCGUUGAAGUCGGAUGCUGAUGAGGAUGUGUUUACAACGAAGCCGAAACCGAAAUGGUCUGAAGUGUGCGUGCAGAAGAGCCUGCUGUCUUUGGGCUUAAUUCUCCUGUACUUCUCGCUGUCUAUCGGCCUCACGUUUUACCAGAGAUGGCUGUUGACGGACUUCAAGUUCCCCCUCACGGUGGUAAUGUACCACCUCAUAGUGAAGUGGAUACUCUCAGUCCUCGUGAGGCUGGUGCUCCAUGUCAUCACGGGAACUCCUCAGCUGAUGCUGCCGUGCAUGACCUGCCUCCGGUCCGUGGGGCCUACGGGCCUGGCCAGUGGCAUCGAUGUAGGCUUCUCUAAUUGGGGCCUGGAGCUGGUGACCAUCUCACUCUACACCAUGACCAAGUCCACGACCAUUAUUUUCAUACUUGGUUUCGCGAUACUGCUGGGAUUGGAGAAAAAGUCUUGGUCUCUCGUGGGCAUCGUGCUUAUGAUCGCGGCUGGCCUCAUCAUGUUCACGUACAAAGCGACUCAGUUCAACCUGCUGGGCUUCAACUUCUUGCUGAUCGCAUCCUUCGCGGCAGGACUACGGUGGACCUUCGCGCAACUGCUGAUGCAGAAGUCCAAGUUGGGCUUACAUAACCCAGUGGAUAUGGUGUUCCAUGUGCAACCUUGGAUGUUUGUCUCGUUGCUGCCGUUCACCAUCAUGUUUGAAGGGUUCGCCUGCUACGAGCACCUGCAAAAGCUGACGGCAGAUAAGCUUCUGCCCACGAUACUGAAGGUGUCUGUCGGGGCCACGUUGGCGUUCGCCAUGGAGAUCAGCGAGUUCUUAGUAGUCACAUACACCUCUAGUCUCACACUAUCCAUCUCUGGUAUAUUUAAGGAAAUGUGCAUCCUAGUCCUCGCAGUAGAAGUAAGCGGCGACGUAUUAUCGCCGAUCAACGUGGUAGGCCUCGCCGUCUGUCUACUCGGCAUCAUCGGCCACAUCAUCCACAAGGUUCUCUUCAUCAAGUCCGUCGCCGGCACCGUCCACGCCAUCGACCAAGACUUCGACGCCAUUAAAGACUUCGAGACCGUGCGGCGGACUUCGAAGUCGAAAGGCGAACACGACACGCCGCUGCUAGAAGAACAAACGUGGCCCGCAAGUGAGGAAAGCGAUUUUGAUAGCAAUGUGGUGCUAUUUGAGGUGCUGCAACGACGAGACGUUCCCGCAAAUCCUAAGAGGUCGCGCUGGGCGAGUCGAAAUGAACGGACCGCGAAGAAAAAAAACCACGACCGUAUGUAUUGAAGCUCUUUAUAGACUUUUGUGAUGAAAACCAAUGUAUUUGAGGCUAAAACAAUUAGAAUUACGUGUGUGAAUGUGUGUGUCAACAAGUGCCUGUCAUAUUGUGAGAACUGUAGUCGUAAAUAUGAGGUACCCCAUCUUUUGUGCUGUUGACAGCUGUCAAUUGCAGGACUGUCAACUGCACCAAAAAAACGGUCAGACCAUAAUAAAAAAAAAAUGUUUGAGGUUUUUUGUAAGAAUUUUUGAAAAUGGAACUUAGAAUGUCCUUAUAACGUAAUGAAAAUAUACAUUAAGUAUGUACCUAAUGAACAGUGAUGAAAAUAAUUAAAAAUCAUCAAAAACUUUGUUGUUAACCGUUGAACAUUACAAAAGAAAAAACGAACAAGAAGUAAUGAUAACCGACCUACUUUUUAAGAAGACUAAUUGAACGCACAGUAUUUUUGUCUAUGAUAAGGUAGUCACAGUAAUCUAGAUAACUAGAAGUUGUAGAAAACUCUUUUUAAUGAAAAAAAUAUAAAAUAUAAUAAAAAUUGUCUGUUUUCGCCUAAACAACACCCAGCUAGCAUUGUUAAGUGUACAUAUAGCCCUUGUUACAUUUUUGAUUAGCAUGUACACCACUAUUGGUAGAGUUAAAAUAAUGAGUAUUUGUUUAAAAGCUUGAAAUUCACAAGAUAAUUUUUGAAAAAACUCAUUCAUGUAGCUAUAUGUAGUUUGUCAGUUGUGUUAGCACCCAUAACACAAGUUAAUUAAUAACGUACCAUGGGGCUAACCGACCAUGUGUGAAAAGGUGUCCCGACAUUAUUAAUUUAUUUAUUUUAUUUAAUUCGUAAAAAAUACACUUCUUUAAUCAAUGACACUUUUCGUAUUGAACCGUAUAGUGUAGCGAGCAGACGACAUUAUCAGACAAUUAAUAGUUAUAAUGAUACUAAAGUGAGAUUAAUGAUAAAGAAUAAUUAAAAUGAUAUUAAGACAGGCUAGAAGGUUAAUUUCAUUAAGUUCUAUUCAACCAGAUAAAUCAAUCAAAGGAAAAAUAUAUCGAGAUUUUUUUAUAGAUUCAGUGCUAGGUAUAGGUAGACACGUAAAACUUUGGGUAAAAACUGGGCUUCGACGCAUUCGAAAUUAUUAAAUGCACAAAAUAGCACUGCCAUGCUAAUAUAGAAUCACUUUUUUAUUAGGGAAGUGACUGCAACAUAGUCAAAUUAUAUCGAGUAUUCAGUAUAGAUUAGACAUAGUGCUACGAUACUGAUUCCUGAUCGCCAACCAAACAUUUUACCAAAGCAAACAAUCGGAACUCCGUACGUUUUAUGGAAAAUUGUAUUUUUAAUAUAUCGAUAUUUUUAUACUGAAUAAGGCAACACUAUUAUAAGUUUUAAAAAUGUAUCAUAUUAUUUUUAUUGUUGAGUUUUUUUUUGUUUUGCCAUAGUGUGGCGAGCGAAAACGUUAAUUUGUAAUUGUAAUUAUUUUACAUAAAACAAAAGUUAUUAGAUAUUAGAAAUUGUGGUUCUAAUUUUAUACUUUCCUAAUCUACUUAAAAACGUGCAUCACAAAAUCAAUUUGUGUAACUAUUGCAAAGAAUACUGCUUGCUUUCAUUUUCGAUAGUAUGUAUUCACUUACAAUCUAAAAAUAAAUGCCUAUAUGUACUAAAAUUUGACUUGGUUAGAAUAACAGCUUCAAAACUGACGUAGUUUGUAAUGUACUAUACAAAUUGAAACAGAAGAAAAAACUACUACUGUGUAACAACGUAAAGGUAGGUUUUGAAUGCCAACUGUCAAUCGGCCGCAGCUGCACUACUGGUUUGUAUGUAUUUACUUGAAACAGUUUUGGAUCGAAGCGGCAGCAGCGAGGGCAGUCGCUCUCAGAUAUCAAUUGUUUUCAUGCAGUCGUGGUAUGUGCGGUCGGCAACUAGCAUUCAAAACGUACUAUGAAAAGUUAUAAAGAUAUCUCUCUCUCGAACUGUUUUCAGUUUUUCACUCCUUCUGACAUGUAUUGUUCUGAUCAGUUAACAUUUUACAAGAUAUAAUAUAAAUUUUAGUGACCUUUUGUAAAUAAAUUGAGUAAUCCUAUAUACUUACUUGUAUGUGAUUGUAACUUACAUUCCAAUGUAUUUUCGAAAUUAUUUGGUGUUUUAUAAUAUGUGUAACUUAAAAAUAUUGCUUUAAAUGUUAAUUGUAAUCCUAACUAUGUGUGAAUUAUGUCUUUAUUCCUAAAAAUGUUUUGAAACAUUUCUAUCGAUAAAUAUCUUAUUUAAGGCUUUUUAUCAAUAUUUGUUCAUCUAUCCUGUCCGCGUAUUUGUUCGGCUGUCAUUUGAACAUCUUAGGCAGUCGUUACGGGUAGUCAGAAGCCAGUCUUACCUAGGAGAAACGGGUUGCUCGCGUAACUGGGUUGAGGAGGGCAGAUAGGCAGUCGCUCCUUGUAAAACACUGGUACUCAGCUGCAUCCAGUUAUACUGGAAGCCGACCCCAACAAAGUUGGGUAAAGGCUAGUCAGACGAUUUCUUGAUAUUUGUUAUAACCUGUCUAUAAAAAUAGUUUUUUUGUAUAGUUUUCUGUGACUACUCAAUUUUUAAAAUAUGGCCUAAUAUUCCCUUAUUAACAUUCCUAACUGCUAUUACUAUUAGUCGACAAUUCAAGGAUAAAGAUAAAUAAUGUUGUUCGUUAUAUCAACUUUACUUGCCGAGACUUUUCAUGCGUUUAAAAUUAUUUUCUCCAAUUUAUACUGGAAUGAAUUUUAAGCAGUGCAAAAAAUAACUGAUGGUCCAGAAUCAUUAACAGAACAUAUCUGCAUCAUCAGCAUUUUUUUCUUUUUUUUCUACCCUAGAAUCAGCAAAAUAUGGAUACUAACUAUUCUUACGGUUUCGUGUUGCCGCCGUGCCUACUUGCCGAUGGCGGUAUGUGCGAUCAGUAGUUGCAGUCGGCAGCAAGAAUUCGAAAUGUACCUUUAUGCAAUUAACAGUCCGGCAUUUAAAAUAAAAACAAGCAAAUGAAACACAAUUAUUUUUAUAACUGAUAAACAAAAACAAGAGAUUCUCAGGUGCCUUUCGAUUUAAUAUAAUAUUCUGAAACUAAUUGAAAAUAUUCUGAAAAUAAGAAAAAACCGCAAGUUACGUGACGUUUUAUUUGAAAAUAAGCAAGUUCCAAGUUUUUGUUUCUAUGCAAAAUAUCGUAAUAUUUUGACGAUAAUGUACAUUUUACAUAAAUAGUGGUAUAAACCAACGAUUAUUGCAUAGAGUGCAUUUACCUAUCCUACAAUUUUGAAAGCAUGACUCUGUCUAAUGUAUUUAAAAUAUGAAACCUAUGUUUGUUGUGCAUAAUAUAUUACUAUGUCAUUAUGUAUGAACUAUUUUGAUCAGGAUUUUGAAAAAAUCUCGAAAAAUACGCUAGCAUUCGAAUUCUCUGAAAAUUCAUUAAUACGUGUAUACGUAUCAUGUUGUUGACUUUCUACUCUUGAAAUUAAUAAAUGGAGUACAUUAUUUGUUUGACCAUUUUAUACGUAAAAUCAUAGGUAGGUCUUUAUUAUCUGUUUCAGCAUUUAGUAAUGAAAUGUUUUGUAUGUAUUGCUACUGUCAACACAGUUCAUUAGUAAGGCAUCAAUUCUCAAAUUUUCAUCAAUAUGUCUAUCGUUUUCCAUCUAAAACAUGUAUAUUAUUUUAAAUUAUGAAAAACAUGAAUUGUGUUGGCGUUUGUGAGAAUUACUACUUAAAAAUAAUUUAUUGCAAUCGUUAUUAAGAUAACUGCUGAAACGUUAGAUAUAAUUUAUAAAUCCGCCGUGACUGCACACUAGUUUUAGGAUAAAUGUCGCUAGAUGGCAACGAUUUUCUUAUAAUAAUUAUUAUCCUGUGUGUUGGUUGCGCAAUUACACCUAAACUGCUUGAUUAUGUGUGUUUGUUAACAUUUUCACUAAGAUAGCAGACUUCACUUUCACUAUGUAAUACUAAGACGUUUGUCACAGAUCUCAAUGUGCCUCUAACGUUUUGGCGGUCAUAAAAACAGCUUUUUAAUGUGAAAAUAUAGUCUUUUUAUUAACGAGCGUAGUUAUCAAUCGCCACAUAAAAGAAUAUGAACCAAUCAAUUAGCAUAAUCACUAAACCAUGAUUUUAUACUGCAAAGUAUUUUGUAUAGUAUAUAUUAUACAUGUUACUCAUCGCAUUUUAUACUUUAUACGAGUUUUAAGUAGUGUUAUAAAUGUGGCGCUUGUAUAACUACGUUUUCUUGUAUCGGCUCAUCGCAGGCUCGAACUACUAAAUAAUUUGAUUAAAUAGUGGUUUGCACCGAAUAACUUUGUUAUGUAGGUACACGUACCUAUUGUGCCUGUUUACGUCUGUCGUUUGUUUUUGUCAUACUAUCUAUUGUGUAAGAAAUAUAUUAUUUAAGUACU